AUGGGGCGGUUGGGAGGACGAUGGGUUGACAGGCGUGACACGGAGUAUGUUCUGCCCCGAAGUGGUGAUAUCGCAUUUGAACAGAAGGUCAUAAAUAGCUUCUCGUCCAUACUACGGGACGCUAUGCACGACAAUCUCGUCGUCGACUGGGAGGAAGAGGAGUCCGUGGAAGAAGAUCAUAAUGACCCUCUCUGGUCUCCUGAUGAGAGCGACGACGAUGACGGACCCAGUACGUCUCGUAGAGGGACCUCUUACCUCUUCGGAGAUGCAGAGGUACCGAAGGAAAAGGUAACCUACAACUGA